AAGGAAAUUUCCAUUGAGUUUGGCAGUGGCCGGAUGGAAAUUUCCAUUACGGUAUCGUCUGUCUACACACGCAUUUAUCAAGCUCUUUAAAUCUAUAAAAACUAGCAAAUCAAGAUAGAAGAUAUAUAGUGUUCUCAAUUUCAAAUAUGGCUUCUUCUUCUUCUUCUUCAUCUUCAUCUACUGCAUGGUUGUAUGAUGUUUUCUUGAGUUUUAGAGGAGAGACACGGAAAUCUUUUACUGAUCAUCUUUAUGAAGAUUUGCGUCAGGCUGGAGUUAACACCUUUCGAGACAAUGAAGAAAUUCGAAAAGGUGAGAACAUCUCCGAUGAGCUAUUGAAGGCCAUCGAGGGGUCCAAGAUAUCCAUCAUCGUAUUUUCCAAAACUUAUGCCCAGUCCAGAUGGUGUCUUGAUGAACUAGUGAAGAUUUUAGAAUGUAAGAAAAAUUUGCAACAGAUGGUUCUGCCUAUAUUUUACAACGUUGAUCCUUCAGAGGUUCGUAAACAAACAGGCGAAUUUGGUAAGGCAUUGGCUCGACAUCGACAACGAUUUGAUGAUCAAAAAGUUGAUGAGUGGAAAAUUGCACUCACUACUGUUGCUGAUUUGUCCGGAUGGGAUUUACAGACCAUGACAAACGGGUAUGAAUCUAAGUUCAUCAAAAAAAUUACUGAAGAGGUAAUGCGGGAAGUGAAUCGUACAUACAUUAAUGUUGCAAAGUAUCCCGUUGGAAUUGAAUCUCGUGUGAGUGAUAUACUUCAUUUAUUGCAAACUCAAAAACAUAAUGAUAUCAAGAUGUUUGGAAUUUUUGGCAUGGGUGGUGUGGGAAAAACAACCCUUGCCAAAGCCAUUUACAACUUGAGUUUUCAAAAGUUUAAAAGUUGUUGCUUUAUCGCAAACAUUAGAUCACAAGCUUCGGAUGGGUACAAUGGUUUAGUUCGUCUACAAGAGACACUUCUUUGCAAAACACUUAAUAGAAAGAAACUUGAAAUAAAAAAUGUUGAUGAAGGAAUAAGUUUGAUAAAACAAAGACUGCGAUCAAAAAGUGUUCUUAUUGUUCUUGAUGACAUAGACGAUACUAGUCAACUUGAAUCAUUAGCAGGACAACGGAAUUGGUUUGGUUCAGGGAGCACAAUUAUAAUAACAACUAGAGAUGUUCAGUUGUUGAGUGACCUGGAAGCACACGAGAAGUACAUGGUAAAAACGUUAAGCCCUAAUGAAUCCUUGCAACUCUUGAGUUGGCAAGCAUUUGGUGUUCCUAUACCAUUAGACGGGUAUAUUGAAAUAUCCGAAAGGAUAGCAAGUUAUACUGGCGGACUUCCACUAGCACUUACAAUUAUAGGUUCUCAUUUGCGUGGCAAAGCAGUGCAAGAAUGGAGUGAUGAUGCUGAGAAAUUAGAAGGGAUACCUCAUGAUGAUGUUCAAAAAAUUCUUAAAAUAAGUUACGAUUCACUUGAUGGUGAUACUCGGAAUAUCUUUCUUGAUAUUGCUUGUUUUUUCAUUGGGCAUAACAAAAAUGACACUUCUAUGAUAUUGGAAGCUUGUGGUUUUUAUGCUAAAAGUGGAAUAAGAAUUUUGAUUGAAAGAUGCUUGUUGACAACAAAUGGAAGUGGAGAGUUUGAAUGUCUUGAGAUGCAUGAUUUAGUACGAGAUAUGGGAAGAGAAAUUGUUCGAAAGGAAUCUCCACGAGAGCCAGGCAAACAAAGUAGAUUGAUUGACCCAAAGGAUGUCUUUGAUGUUCUUCAUGGGAACAAGGGCACAAAAGCAAUUGAAGGGAUGAUUGUAAAUUCUAACAUGUUAAAGAAUGUGCCUUUGAAUACUCAAAUAUUCAAAAAGAUGGUAAAGUUACGAAUACUCAUAUUGAAUGGUACGUGUCUUAGCGGAUCUUUUAAAUAUUUAUCCAAUGAGCUCAGGUUGCUUAGAUUACACAAUUGCCAUUUGAGUUGCAUACCAUCUAAUUUUCGCUGUGAGAAACUUGUUGAGUUAGACAUGGAAGGUAGCAAUAUCAAAGAAUUCCAAUGCAAUAUGCGGCAUAUUAAAUGCUUGAAGAUCUUAAAGUUUGAUCAUUGUGAACAACUUAAGAAAACACCAAAUUUUACUGGGGCACAUACUCUUCAAAAAGUAUCCUUUAUGUGGUGUUCAAAGUUGGUCAAAGUACACCCAUCAAUUGGAAGUUUGGAGAAACUUGUUGAGUUAGACAUGGAAAGUUGUAAUAUCAAAGAAUUCCAAUGCAGUAUGCAGCAUUUUAGAUGCUUGAGGAUCUUAAAGUUUGAUUAUUGUAAACAACUUAAGAAAACACCAAACUUCACUGGGGCACAUACUCUUCGAAAAGCAUCCUUUUACCAGUGUUCAAAUUUGGUCAAGGUACACCCAUCAAUUGGAAGUUUGGAGAGACUUGUUGAAUUAGACAUGCAAGGUUGUAAGAAACUCAAGGUUCUUCCAAGUAGCAUUUGCAAGUUAAAAUCACUUGAAGUUUUAAAUUUGAAUUUUUGCGUAAAACUGAGGGAGCUUCCAAUUGACUUGGGAAAAUUAGAGCAACUAAGAGAGUUACAUGCUUUUGGAACUGACAUCUCACAUAUACCAUUUUCUUUGGGAUGUUUGAGAAAUCUAAAGGAACUGGAUCUGGGUCAGCACACUGAGAAAUCACGUGAUAGUGCUGUUUUUUUUCCACCUUCAGUUGCAAAUUCAUGCUCCUUUGAAGUUAUUGAGAAUUUGACCUCAUUGGAAAAUUUAUAUUUAUCAGGAAGAAGUUGUUAUCUUCAAAGCUUGCCCUUCCGCCUUUGUCAUCUUUCAAACUUGGAAUCUCUCUACUUAGAGGAUUUCAAAAAUCUUAGAGUACUUGUAGAACUUCCUCCUAGUUUGGUGAAUCUCUCUGCAAAAAAUUGUGUCUCAUUGGAAAAAAUAGUAACUGUAUCAAACUUGAAGAAACUUAAAGCGUUGAAUCUUGAAAACUGUGAAAGUUUGGUUGAGCUUCCAAACAUGGAGAGUCUUUCAUCCUUAGAAUGUCUUAACAUAAGGAAUUGCAAUGCUUUGAGUAUUCCUGACAAGUAUUUGCAUGAAGAAGAUUUUCCAAUUGCUCUUAGGAGUUUGUCCUCCUCGUUGAAUGAAAUAGAUUUAAUAGGAAGAUAUUAUCUUCAAAGUUUACCAUUAAACCUUUGUCAUUACUCCAAUUUAAAGUAUCUCUGUUUAGACGAUCUGCAGAAUCUUAGAUUACUUCCACAGCUUCCUCCUAAUUUGGAGAUACUCUCUGCAAAGAAUUGUGUGUCAUUAGAAAAGAUAGCAGAUCUAUCCAACUUGAAAGGACUUGUAUGGCUAGAUAUUCAGAACUGUAAAAGUUUGGUUGAGCCUUCAGGCUUGAAGAGUUUUGAAUCCUUAAGUGCUCUUGGGAUAGCAAAUUGCAGCAGUUUGAGGAUUCCUUUGAUUGAAAAGUGGUUCAAGGUACAUCCCAAAGAUGAUAGUGUCUAUAUUUAUGUGGGAGUAGAUGGCCAAGGUAGAAUAUCCUGCCGUAUUGGAGUCCUUGAAAUCCUGGUGAAUGUGAUUGAUCCCAGUGAAAUUGAUUAUGCUGAUGAUGGUGGUAAUAGAAUUGAUUUGAGUGUGAGAAGCAAAAGCAGUGGUGCUAAUUGGAUUCUAAUAGAACCCAUACGUAGGCUAAAGCGGUUGUGCUUCUUUGAGGUUCCAACUACAAUGAUGGGAGAAGAAUUGGAGGUGUAUGUAGAAGUCCAUGAUUGGCAGAAGAUAUUUUGUGUAGCUGAAAUACAUAGAAACAGAGAAGGGGAACUGCGUUACUUUCCAUCCACAAGAGGAUGCAUUCCUUCCUAUAAUAAGGAAGAUGGAGAGAGGAAGAGGAAAAGGAAGGUGGAGAUAGGUAGAGGCGGACAGAGGCGUUUCCUUCCAAUCACAAGGGGAUUGAUUCCUUGUGUUAUGACCCAGCUGGGACAAGAUGGACAAAGGAAGAGGAAAAGGAAGGUGCAGAUAGACAGAGGCGGCAGAUCUAUCCGGCAGAGGCGGUUAUAAUCUUCAGCUUUUAAUUUGCUGCAAAAAGGCCCCAUUAUUAUUAUUGUAACUUAUUGUACAAUUUAAUUUGAUCAAAGCAAUUAAGAGUGAUUUUUAUACCAUUUGGAUGGAGAUGGAUUCAAUGAUGGGAGGUGUACGUAUAGUAUGCCCAACAAGUGUAUAAGAGCAGGAUGGCUGGGGGAGUAGGAGAAGACACACAGAACAUGUUGCAUUUGCGAGUUAUGAAGAAUCAACAAUUAAGAAGAAAAAGAAGAUGGCGAGAGUGGAUGCAAAUUGCAAUGGUUUGAGGUUAAGCAAUGGAUCGGAGUUGGUUGGUAUCACUACCAGAAAGCAAAGCCAGUGGUGCCUCAGCAAGUAAAUAUCAUAAUAUAUUUAUGCCAUUGUAUGUUCUGAAUGUGACAGUGUCAAGAUUUCGCUUGAUGAAGUGAUAUAUAUUGUGCCAACGUUUUCGAGGCAUGAAUUCAUUUAUAUGAUUUCGAUGGGCUUUUGUUUUGGUGAGUGCAAUGGAGUUGGUAUCGCUACGAGAAGCAAAACCAGUGGUGCCUCAGCUUGGGUUGGAGAUGAAUGCAGUGUGGAGAAGAACAAGCAUGGAAGUGUUGAUUUUGAGGUGGCAAUAACGGUGGGGGAAGUAGUGGAGGUGUUUGCAGAAUUCCAUCCUUUGCAUACACUUUUUGUAUUUGAAAUGCAGAGGAACAGUGAUGGACAAGAAGGCCUUCCCUGCAAUUUCAUCAACCUCAAUUACAAGUGGUAGAGCAGCAUCAUGUUUGGGCUUAGCAUAUACUAUCUCAUAGUUUGUUAAAUUCAACCGAAAAGUGUUUGCAAUAAUCAAACUAUUGGUCUCCUCUUACAAGAAUCAUGUUUCGCCCACUCAAUUAUCUUUUGAGCAUUUUUCUUUUCUUUUUUAAUCCAUGUGUAUUGCAAGGAUGACAGAAUUUGACAUCAUCACUCUUUUGGAGUCCAUGCUAGUUUCAUUAUAACAAUAUUAAAGUAUCAUUUUAAUUCUACUAUAA